CUUCGACCGUCCUGGGAGAAGUGAGGGUUGUUGUGGUAUGUCCGGGCUGCUUCGUGCCUUGAGACAAGCUCUGGGGUUGUCAAAGACUGGAAAGUCGCAGACUUCGACACAAGGCCUCGGUGCCAGGGAUUUGACGAGGUUUGCUGAAGGUGAUAGAGUACUCGUAGACGGGGCGAGACUCACAGCGCCUCUUCAGAAAAAUAGCAGCUCGAAUUUCAAGAAUGGGCUCCUCCUUCACAAUGACAUAAUUGGCAAGACAUUGUCCUCGCACUAUGUUCGAGGACCGAAAGGCCUAUACAAGGUCGAACCACCAACACUCGACGACUAUAUCUCGUUGACACCGAGAUUAGUCACUCCGGUCUACGCCAACUAUGCCUCAACAAUCGUGUCUCUCCUCGAUAUGCAUCCUGUACCAUGGACGGAAGACCAGUCCACUGCCUCUCCGAGCCUCGAAAUCCUCGAAGCCGGUACCGGUCACGGAAGUUUGACUCUACACGUCUCUCGGGCCAUCGCCGCAGCCAACCCUCCUCCUCUUACCAUCGCUGUCCCUCAAGUGAAUCGUGAUGACUCCAAGCGCACCCCGACCGAGGCCGAAAAGACCUUGACCCAAGCAUGGACAGAGUGGAAACAAACCCGCCGCGCAGUCCUCCACACAGUGGAAAAGGUCGAAGCGAACCGCGGGCACGCUGAGAAAAUCGUCCGCGGGUUUCGUCAAGGCCUGUACUGGCCACACAUUGACUUCUACGCUGGCGAUGUGAGUGGUUGGAUUCAGCAUCAACUAGCCUUGCGCCGCAACCGAGGGCGUAGCUGGAACCCUCUAUCCAAGCCAGAUGACGACAGCUUCCUGGACUAUGUGUUGCUAGACAUGCCCGGUGUACAAACGCAGCUCAAGCACGUCCACGCUGCUAUGCGCGAGGGUGCUAAACUCAUCGUCUUCACGCCCUCUGUCACACAGAUCGGAGAUUGUGCGCGAGUUAUACAAGAGGCAUCACUGCCGCUCGCCAUGGAAAGAGUCCUCGAGCUGGGUGAGGGGAUAAGUAACGGGCGUAGGUGGGACGUGAGGAGGGUGCUGCCUAGGAACAAAGACAAUAGCAAUAUCAGACAAGCAUCGUCUGCCACGGCCGUCGAGCCCGAUCUGGAGAAGCAGCCGUCCGACGCUGAAGAUGGAAGUGAAAGCAGGACUGCAAAAGAAACAAUAGAUGCACUGGCAGACCGCUUACCUGAAGAUGAACCAGAAGAACCGGUCAUGGUAUGCCGCCCUCUUGUAGGCGAGCGGACCAUGGGCGGCGGCUUCAUUGCGCUUUUCAGGAAGAUCACACCUGAGUCUGCGGCGCUCGCGGCACAAUGGCGACGAGGUCAAACUGGAUGGGCGAAGAAACGAAAUCGGUGAAGGAUUUGUACCGGACUGCCUUUUUUCGAGUGUGGAUCGGUUAAACGACGUACAUUUUGCAGGGCUCUGUGUAAGGUAUAUGAUAGGACGUGACAUAAAGUGUACAACAUCAAUGAAGGGUUUUGUGCUAUGCCUAUAGAACGACUUAGGUCAGUGCAAAGGAAUGAAGUCAAAGCAGAUCUUGCCUAUGUUGUAGUCUUCUUUCCGUGUUGCUUCCAGUACAAUUGCCUAUACAAACAAGGCAUUGCGACACGGUAAAAUAGCAGACAUUUAUCCCGAGAGCCAAAACAAUACCAUUCGCAAGAUA